UUACUCGGUUCAUCCAUUUUGAAAUUUAUUUGAAACCAAGAAUCAAACAGAACAACCACCAGAACAACGUUACAGAUUUUGAACUUCCGUAUUUUGGUCUGUGUAGUGUUUGAGAGACACUGAUAACAUGUUUAGUGUGAGAAGACACUUUGUCAAAGGUAUAAGCAGACCCCAGUCUAUACUGCCAUUACUUGUGAGAGCUAUGUCGAGCGAGUCAUACACGACCUUGAACGUGACAAGACCAAAGGAAUAUGUGGUCCAUGUGGAGAUGAACAGACCAAACAAAAGAAAUGCAAUGAAUGGUGCUUUCUUUAGUGAGAUUGGGACAUGCUUUCAGAAACUAUCAGAUGACAGUGACUGCAGGGUGAUAGUUUUAUCUGGUGCAGGGAAAAUAUUUACAUCAGGACUAGACUUAACGGAUUUGGGCACAGUGAUUGCUAUAAGAGAAAAUGAGGACAUAGAUGUUGGACGGAAGGCAACACAAAUGCGAAAAUUUCUUACAAAAUGGCAAGAAGAUUUUAAUCAGAUAGAAAAGUGUAGUAAGCCAGUUAUAGCAGCUAUACACAGUGCUUGUGUGGGUGGGGGUGUUGAUCUUACAUCAGCGUGUGACAUCAGAUACUGUUCCGAGGAUGCCUGGUUCCAGAUAAAGGAAAUAGAUCUUGGUUUAGCAGCAGAUCUUGGAACAUUACAAAGGUUUCCAAAAGUGAUAGGAAAUGAUAGUUAUGCCAGAGAAUUGGCUUUUACUGCACGAAAAUUUUAUGCUGAUGAGGCCAAACAAAUGGGAUUUAUCAGCCGUAUAUUACCUGACAAGGACUCCUUACUUAGUGCUGCACUUGAUACCGCAGCUCUCAUAGCCAGUAAAAGUCCUAUAGCUGUGCAGGGAACCAAAACAAGUAUGGUGUACUCAAGGGACCAUUCUGUUCAAGAGGGUUUGGCACAUAUUGGAAUCUGGAACCAGUCAAUGUUACAAAGUACGGACAUGACAGAGGCGGCAAUGGCCCAGAUGCAGAAAAAAGAAGCAAAAUUCUCAAAACUGUGAUA